CAAAACGGAAACGAAAGAAGCUGCAAAAAGUUUUUGGGUUUCGCUAAGCAUCGCUCGGACGACGCACAACGCUAGGUGGAUCGAUGGAAUCGAUUUCGGAUUUAGUACACCAGCGCCGGUGAGCGUUGACUGGCAGAUGAAGAUCACGGGGUUGAGAGCGAGAGCGAACAAAAAACAAAACAAAAACUAGCGGAAAGACGAACGCAGGGAAAAACACUGCUAUGGAACAAAACCGGUACGCGGGUUGAUAGAGCGCGAUCUGUGGCCGGUUUUACGAGAGCCAGCUUCUGCCCCCGGAUGAUCACUGCUCGUAGUGGUAGGCUUUCUCGUAUGCAAACGCGUCAGUGCCAUCAAUUGGCGAUUGUUCGCGUCUCAGGCUGGACGUGUCGUGGGUCGCGCGCUCUUCUUUCCAGUGUCAGUAUAGUGUGCGACUGCCAGAGUGAGUGAUCGGUGCGGUGCAGUGCCAAUUAAGGGUUGUUCGGAGCAAAAAACAAACAAACGACCGCCACUAUGAAGCUCGUUCUCAGUAGUGUAGUGUGUUCGGUGGCCAUUAUUGGGGCGCUGGUAAUUCUGCCCAAUGUGCUCGGUGUGAAGCUGAAGGAAAAGUUCAAGUGGCGCGAAGUAUCGUUUGCCUGGCCUUCGGAGGAUGCAAAACAGGAUGCGUUGAGUUCCGGAAAAUAUAUCGUGCACAACAAUCUCCCCCUGGGCCUAGAACGCUGGCGGGACAAACUGUUUAUCACUGUUCCAAGAUGGAAAUCUGGUGUAGCUGCAUCGCUGACAUACGUGAACGUGUCGGACGGUAUGAGUCCCGAUUUGCACCCUUACCCGGGAUGGGAUGAAAAUGAGCUUCCUGCAGAGCGCAAUGGAGCAUCUGAUGACGGAUCGAGAUAUUUGAAAAAUAAUGCCACCAUCAUUUCCACCUUCCGGGUCCGUGCUGACGAAUGCGAUCGUCUGUGGGUUAUGGACACUGGACUGGCCGAUAUUCUCGGGGACGCUGUGCAGUACGCGCCACCUUCGCUUGUGCUUUUCGACCUGUACACGGAUAAGCUCAUUCGGCGCCACUUUUUCAACAGCACGCUGCUUAAGGAAGACUCAUUCUUUGCGAAUGUCAUCGUUGAUGCAGAGCGCGGAGAUUGCGAUAAUGCCCAUGCGUACAUUCCCGACUUGGGAAGCUAUGCGGUGAUAGUGUAUUCUUUGGCAGAGGAUCGAGCGUGGCGCGUGAAGCACAACUUCUUCCACUUUGAUCCACUCGCGGGCGAUUACAACAUCGGUGGCGUGAAUUUCCAGUGGACGGAUGGUGUGUUUGGUAUGGCCGUGGGAAAACGCCUGCUCGACGGUACCAGGCCCGUGUACUUUCACGCUUUUUCUAGCACGAAAGAGUUCAUGGUAUCAAACACGGUGCUGAAGAACGAAUCGUACGCCCAAAGCUCGCAGGCGUACUACGACUACAAACUGUUGGGUGACCGUGGACCGAACUCGCAAUCAUCGGCCGAAUUUUACGAUUCCGAAACAGGCGUUAUUUUCUACACGCAAGUCAACAAGGAUGGUGUGGGCUGUUGGAAUACGGGCAUGCCGCUGAAUGCAGACACCCAGGGUCUGGUUGAUUCCGACAGUGAUGCGCUAGUGUUUCCGAACGAUCUUAAGGUGGACACCGAAGGAACGCUGUGGGUACUCUCCGAUCGACUGCCUAUGUUUAUCUUCACGAGUUUGGAUGCCGAGCAGUACAACUAUCGCAUUCUGGUAGGAGAAACACGAGAAAUUAUUAAGGGAACGCCGUGUGAUAAGUGAGCCCGGCCAACGGUUUUUUUGGUUCGUAAUUCUAUCGAGAACACUUGUAUAGACGAACACAAAAAUUAAGCACAAAGCUCUCGGUUCACUAAACGUUUUUCACCAAUAAACAUUCCAACACCAAUGCCUUUUUGCAUUGCAACUAUUA